AUGUCUUCGGCUUCCAACGACGAGGUCGUCGCCCCAUGGGCCGACCUCCUGCCGGAAUUGUGCGACCACGUCCUGGACCACCUCGACGCCGUCAGCGCGAUCCGCUUUCCUGCCGCCUCCACGGCCUGGGCCGCCGCUUCCAGGAUGACUCCUCGCCUGCGGUCAGGCACGCCCACGCUGCUCACGUCUGGCCUGGACCCUGACGGCUACGACGUUGAGUACGACGUGGAGGCGGGCACCUUCGGGCUCCACGACGUCGCCGGCGGUAAGUCCUUCUACGGCGAGGCCCAGUGGUUGAAGAACCGGACCUGGAUCGGCGGGAAGGACGAUUGGCUGGUGACCACGGACUUGAGGUGCAGCGUCGAGCUCCUCAAUCCCAUCACCGGCAACCGCGUCCCCUUGCCGUCCUUCACCACUAUCCGGAGUCUCGAAGUGGCGGACUACUAUGAACUCCACGUCGCUGUCAACAAUCGGCUCCACCUUUUCCAGCAGGUCAAACUGUGCCAGACGCCGGCGCACCCGAACGGCCACCUGGCCGUCGCUCUCUUCUCCAGUGGUCCUUUGGGCUUGCUAGCGUUCACGGCGCACGGCGACGAGGGCUGGACGCCAUUGGUGAACCCCGCGGGAGUACACUAUCUCAAGUACACGGAUGCCACUGUCCACGACGGGAAGGUUGUCGCUGUGGCCGAAUCUGGGGACAUCUACUCCUGGGACAUGAUGGACGGCACAACUACGGAACCCACACUGCUGCCGCGACCGGAGAUCCACCACGUCAGCUACGACCUCAGGCGUGGGUUCUACCUCGCCGCUUCGAGCGGCGGCCAGCUUCAGGUGGUCUGCAUGUACGGCCACGGCGACGUCAAGGACAAGCGCAGGAGGAGGAUCGUGUUCAAGGACCAGUGGAGCUUCUUCGCGCGCCACGUCUCGCUGCACGAGCUCGACGCGGCCACCGGCGCGUGGCGCCGCCUCAGGGACCUCGGCGGUGACCGCGCCCUCUUCGUGGGUGGAAACUACCCGUUCUACGCCACCGUGCCACCCGGCGGCUCCGACGAUCUCCAGGCAGAUUGCGUCUACGUCGCGGACUUGCUCGGCUGUGAUGCUGCCUUCUUCGAUCUGAAGUUGGGAGACGACCACAUGUACGACUUUGAGUGCCGGCUUAGUUAUCCGGCCAUGGGUGACUCCUUGCAAAUGCCGAUGUGGUUCCGGCCAACUGCAUACCCUAUUGCACAAGUGCCCGUAGAAGAGCGGCAAACAAUAUAA